AGCUAAUUUUAAGAUUUAUGCCCUGUUUCUAAGUUGGGCACACUAAUUCGCGUAAUAUUAUUGCCGCUCGCGGUCUUGUAUUUGGCCCACGCGUCUCCGUCUCUCUGCCAAGCUUUUGACAAUAACAAGUAUAAAUAAUGAGUUUUCUGAAGCCCAAAACACACAUAGAGCAGGGCGAUGUGGUCAUCCUGUAUCUAAGUGUGAAUUCUAUGCACGCCAUCGAAGCGGUGCCCACCAUCGUAAACAAGAAAGGCGAAACAAUAGCGCACAUCUUUCAGACUCCAUACGGAUCACUUAAAGUGGAAAAUAUUAUUGGCGUAGAGUACGGCAGUCGCGUGGAGCUCUCCAAGGGCUAUGCGCACGUGCUGCAACCAAACCCGGAACUGUGGACACAAACACUGCCGCAUCGCACACAAAUCAUCUACACGCCCGACAUCAGCAUGAUCCUCCAUCAGCUGGAGGUGCGUCCCGGUGCCGUGGUUGUCGAGUCCGGCACCGGUUCCGGUUCUUUGUCACAUUAUUUUCUACGCGCCUUAAAACCAACCGGACAUCUGCAUACAUUUGACUUUCAUGAGGCGCGGGCGGACCAGGCACGAGAGGAGUUCAAGCGACACGGGCUGGGUGACUUUGUAACGGUUUAUCACAGAGAUGUUUGCAAUCUGGGCUUCACCAGCGAACUGGAUGGUGUGGCUGAUGCAGUGUUUUUGGAUCUGCCCGCGCCGGAUUUGGCAGUGCCACAUGCAUUCAAGGCGUUGAAGUUGUCGGGUGGUCGUUUCUGCUCGUUCUCGCCCUGCAUUGAGCAGUCCCAACGCUGCAUUGAAGUCCUCACCAAAUUGGGCUUUAAUGAGAUCUGCUCAAUGGAAGUGCUGCAGCAGGAGAGCGUUAUUAAAACCCGUACAUUGCCUGUGAUCGAUUUGGAAUUCCUCAAAGCACCCAAAGAAGUUGAGACAAACACAAACGAGGACGCCAAAACAAAGGAGCCCAAGGAGCUGAAAAAGUAUCUAACGUCAAGUAAUCCCCAAGUGCUGCCCGGACACACGGGUUUCCUCACAUUUGCCACACUGCCACCCAACAUACCCAAAGCUUGAAGCAAGUGUAAUUUUGAUAAAUAAAUUGUGUAGUUUUUUA